UAUACUGUAGGGCUCUUUCCUCAGCUCCCUCCCCCUCCUCCCCCUCAGCACACAGUGCGGACCCGCUCUCUUUCCUGUUUUCUCCAUUCAAAUAAAGCACAGCGAGGAGCUGCGUGGACGCUGCUGACGCUGACAACAUGUGGACACGUUGUUAUUUAAUGUUUCAGUCGUGAAGGGGUCACGGGGACGUAUGGAUACAGUUGGUGGUGACAACUGGCGGAGACGCACGAGGAGCGCGCGAGCCAGCUGCAGACAACAAACCGGAGCGCGAGCUGACGAGUCCAAUGUGCUGCGGUGUCUCAGCGUGGGGAACACGGAAGACGAACAUGACAUGAAGGGGGACACCGGCUCUUUCAAGAAGGACAACCUGGAGCUAAAGGUCAUGGCGCCCCGCUACAGCCUGCUGCGGGAGGUGGGAAGGGGUACGUACGGCGUGGUGUACGAGGCGGUGGCCCGGAGGUCCGGGGCUAAAGUUGCGGUGAAGAAACUGCGUUGCGACGCACCGGAAAAUGUGGAGCUCGCGCUGCAGGAGUUCUGGGCGCUGGCGAGUUUGGAGAAACGGCACCAAAAUGUGGUGCAGCUGGAGGAGUGCGUGCUGCAGAGGAACGGCAUGGCCCAGAAAAUGAGUCACGGGAAUAAACGGUCCAAACAGUACCUCCGUCUGGUGGAGACGUCACUCAAAGGUGAGAGAGUGCUCGGUCCUCCAGAGGAGCCUUGUUACCUCUGGUUCGUCAUGGAGUUCUGUGAAGGCGGUGACCUGAACCAGUUCAUCCUGUCUCGGCGGCCCGACUCACAAACCAACAACAGCUUCAUGCUGCAGCUCACCAGUGCCGUUGCUUUCCUGCACGAAAAUAACAUUGUCCACAGAGACCUCAAACCUGACAACAUCCUCAUCUCUGAGAAGUCAGGAACUCCAGUUCUCAAGGUGGCCGACUUUGGCCUGAGUAAAGUUUGUGCAGGUUUAGGAAACACCAGUGAGGGCAAAGAAGGAGAAGACAAGAACAAAAAUGUCAAUGUCAACAAGUUCUGGUUGUCAUCCGCAUGUGGAUCAGACUUCUAUAUGGCUCCUGAGGUGUGGGAGGGCCACUACACGGCUAAGGCUGACAUAUUUGCCCUGGGUAUCAUCAUCUGGGCCAUGUUGGAACGAAUUACUUUCAUUGACGCUGAGUCCAAGCGGGAGCUGCUGGGUACAUAUGUGAGACAAGGAACAGACAUUGUGCCGGUGGGUGAGGCGUUGCUAGAGAAUCCAAAGAUGGUAUUGAACAUCCCCCAGAAACGUAGGUCAUGCAUGUCUGUUGGAGUGAGGAAGCUGCUGCAGGACAUGCUCGCUGUCAACCCUCAGGACCGGCCAAAUGCUUUCGAGCUGCAGGCCAGAAUGGACCAGGUUAUGUGUGCUGCAUGACCCUCAACCAGAGCAGUUUUACAGACUCGUGUUUCUACCUGGAGCUGCUACAUCAGAGAGAGAUAGUCUCCCUUUUAUAAUCUGAAGACUAAAGACGAGGGAGAAGCAAAGGAAAGCAGAUGGAAGUUUUGUUUUCUUUGAACUUGUUUACAGUGAAGUCAUCACUUCUGAUAGAAUGUUCUUCUUGCCCUGAAUAUUAUAAUAAAGCAAGAAACAUUACGUCUGCUGCUUAGGAGGGAGCUCUAUUAAACCAACAUAGCCAUGCCUCCAUCAAAGAAUAGAGGUCUGGAGAAAUUGCCUUCAGAAAACAGGAAACGGUGACUCUGUGCCAAGAACAGCCAGGACAGGACAGUGCAGUGUUUGACUAAACUAAAGCUAAGCUGCAGCUUUAGGUAAUAUGUGUGUGUUCUCACGUGAUCGUCUCCACGUGUCUGCCACUUUGAUGAAAACACUGACAUCAGAUCAGACUGCUACUGCAAAGCUCUCACGUCACGCGGUGUAGUUUCUGUUAUUUUGUGGAAAAUUUCAGUGAAGUCUGCUCUUGUGUCAGACGUUUGUCUUUGCUGACAGUUAGGAUUGUAUGUCACAUGUCCAUCUGUUUUGUGCCAGUGUUGCCUGUUGUUACAGCAGUGAUGUCGUAAACAUCAUUGCCACGUGUCGCUCCAGUGAGAUUUGACAGCUCAGCUCAACUCAUGACAGAAAACUGUGUCAGCUGCCCUUUUUCUCUUGUCGAUUUAAAUUACUCCAGACAUCUGUUGGCAGACUUACAUAAUAAUAACCAGUAAAUUAAGUGCUGCUCACUGUUCACAGCAAUGCCGGCAAUGUCCUGAUGCGUCCAAAGCUUUCAAAGUGCUAGUUAGCGUAUAUGAUCAACAGCAGAAUCUGUAAGGGUUGUCAAAUGUCUGUAAUCUUACAGUAACAACACUAUUAGCCACCAGAUAGAAAAACAUCUUUCAAACCUGCCACUUUCCUCGCAGUGAACCAUUAACACACCAGACGCCUUUCUGAGGUUCACACCAGUGUUGUAAAUGGUCCCACUUACUGCUCAAACAUAGUCUGAAGAGACCUGUAGUAAUGGAGGCACACAACAGAGGAAGACAUGUUUUCAGCUAAUUGAGUUUCUCGUUGAUGUGGUAGAUCAAAGCUAUGAAAGUAAAGUUCAGAUUUAGUAGAACUGAAGUUGAAUUAUUGUUUUUAGCUCUUAGCUCUUUUUAACACUCUUCACAAACAGAAACGUGAAAACAUUCAUCAUCUAUACAUUGUAGAAAGCUAAACUGUCCCAAACCAGACACACAUGUGAUAGUCAAUGUUAUUUUUAAUGAGGAGUCAUGUAACCGUGUUAUUUCCCCACACUUUCCCUUUGAGGAGAAAUCCAGUUGCAUUUGGCAGCCUGAUAUUCAUUCUACCUAUGGUGCCUUGAAAUUGCAAAUCAGGUAAAAUUUCAUGAUCAGCUGCUAUAUUUGUCUUUUGAUUUGGCACUCCAAAUCCGUUUUUCAGGGUAUGUGUUCUGAACGAUUUCUGAAGUGUAAUUAUAGGCGAGGAAUGACAAACCCCUGAAAAUUCCCAUGUGGUAAUUUGGAAUAAGACAUGAAUCAGCGUUUUCAUCUUUGUGGACCAUUUAUUUGUUGUGGGAAAUCUUGUUAAAGGGAAGUGAAGAGGUGACUUUGAACAGGUGCCAUCUAUGUUGGAUUCUGGGUUAUUUCAUGAUGCUCAGGGUGCAGGGUUUUAGAUUCUGAAAUGUAAUGAACAGUAUUUGUUUCUUGUUGAGAAAUAAUCACUCUUAAUGUAAAAAUCAGUCACAGGCCUUUGUGAGGUGUAAUUGUGCCUGUGGUCAAAAGUGAAAUGUGAAAAACAAUGAGCUUAGAGGCAUUUUGUAACAUUUGUACAGUGGACCAGUGUUGUAACGCCUUUUUUUUUUUUUUAAUUAUUAAAAUUAUUAUAAUUAUUAUAAUUAUUAUUUUAUUUUGCCCUGAACCAAAGCUCAGAAUGCAGAGGCUGAACAUUUCCUUAAGUCUAUCAUAUGUUGAACUGAGCUUGGACCUGGAAAGAUUUUUUUUUAAUUAUUAUUGUACUACCUCAUGUUUCUGCACGUUUUCACCUUCUUUGCUGAGCCAUUUUUUAAUUUUUCCAACAAAGACAUUCCUCAAUUAGAGACACAACUUGUCAGAUUUCAAAGAGCUUUUCAUUUCAUGUCGUAUGUGUGUGUGCAUGCGUGUGUUGGGUGUGCGCAGUUCUCCUUGGAUUAUAGAAGCAUCACAUCGGUUUAGAAUAAGUGACACAGCACACAGACUGCUUGACUGGGUUUACAUUGCUAUGACAGAUGUUUACACACCUAGCUCAGCACAGGCCACAAUGUUUUAUGUUUAAUCUUUUUUUUUUUUUAAAUUCAGUGAAAAUCGUACCUCAGUUCCUCACCUUUGUUUCUCUAAUGUAUGAAUAUUUGAUUGUGUGGGGUAGAAACGAUAAUCUUGAACUGGAGAUAAGCUAAUGGUAGAGCUGAGCUUGAGAUGAUCAGCUGUGUUUCAGUCUAUCUAGAUAUGAGGACAAGCUUUUAAUUCACUAUAGAGGAAUGUACAUGAAAUAUCAAGAGAUUUAAAGGGCCAGUGUGUGGGAUUUAGUGACAUCUAGUGGUGUCACUCAUUACAACCCCCUGACCUCACCUUUCCUGAGAAAUACACAGGCCCUGCCCUACAGGGCUACUAUAGAAACAUGACAGUUCAGCUGGCUCCCUCUGUGGAAAGAAAAGGCUCUCAUUCUAAGUUAACACAAUUUUUGGUGUUAAGACACUAAUAAACAUAUCUGACAUUCUGGCAAUGGAAACCUCUAAAUCAUACACACUGGAUCUUCAAGCAAACCCUCAAACCAGUCUGCUCCCUUCCCAUGUAGCUCCCUCCUGAUGCUUUCGUUUGGUGUUGGGAUAUAGUGCACCGGUGUUUGACUAAUGACUAAUAGGUCACUUUACAUGCAAAACUCUUCUCUAUGCAACUCUGCCUCCCUGGAACAAUCCAGGCCAGAUUGGUUUUGUUUUAGUCCUCUGCUUCUCAUUCUAUAAUCUACAACUGGACCUCAUAGUGUUCAGACUAUGACCCUUUAUUUCAAAUAAAUUUGCUGUCCCUGGUUGUACAUGUUACUAAAGCCAUUUGCUUGAAUGAAAACAUGCUUUGUUUUUUAUUGCUAAAUUUGUACAUAUCAGGGUUCUGUUUCAAUAAAGGUUGGAAAUACCUCUAA